UUAAGCUGUACACUAUUGCUAUAUUAGUAAAGCUGUUUAUAAUUACUUUCAACCCUCACAUGAGUGUCAUGAGAUUGACGUGAAUCGCAUUGAACCGUGAUUAUAGAAUGACGACGAGAAAGCUUGAACUCAGAAUCGACUUGGGAGAUUCUCUUCCACAAUCUCCGUCGCCACCAGUUUGGAAGAAUCCGAGAAAAUCUGGGGAUAUCGUCUUCCGAGUAGGAAGCAACAGAGGAAGAACUUCGAGAGCGGAAUCGUCAGUCAAAACCGGCCACAGAAGCCCGUAUAAUUCCGUUCUUGGUCCAGCUGGGAGCAUAAUAUCUGGUGCGAGUGUCGUUAACGUCGACGGAAAAGCAAACCUUAAAAGAGAUGGAGUGCCCAAGAUAAGCAAACUUCUUCGAUCACGAGAGGUCAAGAAACCAGAAGUGACCCCGUCACCUGAACCGGAAGUAACUAUACAACCUGAACCGGAACUAAUUUCACCCCGUGAACCGGAAGUUAAACCGAAAGCUGUUAUUACAGUUCAACGAACAGACUUGUUAACACCCGCUACAACAACACGAGAUAACGAAAUAGAAAAACGAGUGAUCUUUACCCCCGCUAAUACAGCUGUGACACUUAUAACCCCACUUCGGGGUAACAUAGACAGCCCCCUAAAGCCUUACAAGCGCCAAAACGCGACAGCAAUUCCAAAGCCUAGACCAAAACUACGACAAGUACACAAACUACCAUCUACAGCACCUAUCAUGGGAAAGCGAGAAAAGCACGGAACAAAGAAAGUCAGAAUCAAGGAUAAACAAGCGGAUAAUCACGAUGCAGAAGAUAAAACGAGAGGAUCACCAACAGGAAUGGCCGCACUUAGGGAAUUACUUGAUGCCAUCGGAAAGGAAACGACAAAUCUAACUUUCAAACAAAUGUUAGAGGUCAAAGUAGCAAUUGGAAUGGCUUCUCAUGUUGCCAGAGAAGUAAUUGAGGAUCUCAGUUCAUUACAAAGCAUAUUAGAAGAAUUGUCAAUGCUGUGGAAAAUUAAUAGAAUGGAUUUAGACUUAUUGGAACAUUUACUGCAGAAUAUUGGACUCCUAGAAAAGUUUGCGUCAGAGAUUGCCAAGUACAAAACUACCGUUAACUAUGACGUCAUGCCAGCGUCAUCAGAACGUGACGUCACAACGAUUAUUGCCACACUACACAAUCUUUUACAAGGUUCUGAAGAAGCUACAGGUACGUAUACAACCAUGAGUUUUUCCCAUUAUGGAGAUGUUUACAGUUUUGGAAGAGCGAGACUAGCUUGCGUGAAAGAAGACUUAGCAAGAUUGCUGGCUAUUCAUCCAACACAGAUUACAUAUCUCGCAAAAGUAUCGGCAAAUAAUGAUGGUUACGUCACAGUGAUGCAAAUGCCCUGCAUCGUAUCAAAGAAGAUUGUGAAUAGCGCUCGACGAAACCAUCCCGUACUAAUGUCACUUGGCCUCAAGGGUGUACAAAUAACAGGGUCUGACGGACUCAAAUAUACACAAAGCAUGGGAUACUUGCAGGAUAAAGUACCCGCCGAAACACAAACAGGAGAAGCAGAGUUGCGAGAAGCUGCCACUAGAAGUGCUAGAACAGCACCUGCGGGCCCAACCCUCCCCCCACUUACAAGAAAACAAAAAUCACAAAGAAGAUUACCACACACGUCUAUGGCGCAACACACGGAAAUAAUAUCAACACCAAUUAUACAGCGACGAAAUCCGAGUCAGUCCAAACACCUUGAAAAGGAAAUUAUUACAGAGGAAGACGAAGAACAUGUGUUUCCUCGAGUUGAUUUCGGCGAAUACAAGAGAGAAGAUCCGUCACUUCUCCCUCAGAUCGACCCGAAUGAAGCGAAGUUUGAACGCAGAGUCCGACUAGCCCGAGAUACUUUGACGAAACUGACUAAACCGGAAAAUGAAGAACUUGUAACUGUGCUAUUGGACCAGAUCCAAAAGCUACAUAGAAUGAUAUCAGCCUUGAAGAAGGAUCUUCGUGAAAAGACUCGAGAUUUAAACGCAAGUCAGAGUUACGUUCAGAAGGCGCAGAAAGAAAUCAAAUCCAUGGAAAUGAGAGUCGAAACCAAAGCACAGCAAAUUAGUCAAACAAACGAACAUUUAUUAAAGCGAGUAAAGAAGCAGAUGAGAGAAAAUGCCCAUUUGAGGGAACUACUGGAAGGGAAAGACGCAGAGAUCGAAAUGCACAGACAAUCUGACAAAGAAAAUAGACUGGCAGGAAUGAUCAAAAUUGCUCGAGUUAGCAAAAUACAGACACUUCCACAUCCAAUAUCAUUUGCAUGAUUUUAAAUUUGGGGAACACGACAUUUAUCCGCGUGCAAAUGAAUGGAAGUGAUAUACAUUUAUGGUUCGAAACUAUCUAUAAUUACCAACCGGACAAAAAUUACGGAACAUUGCAUUUUUGAUCUUAACUUGAAACUAUUUAUUUAAACUCGCCGCAUUCAAUCCAUUAGCGUAAAAUUUUUUAUAUUUGGAAGAUGGAAUUUGUCCAUGUUUGAACAUAUUAAAGUUAUACAUUGAGGCCUUCGCAACUCAUUUUUCCACAACUUCAGGACAGUUAAUCUUCUCAAAGCCGUAAUACACAUAGAAAAGUACUUAGCACUCUUUUUGAGGUACUUGUUAAUGUUAAUAAUCACUAAGCAACUUCAUAUCAAUAGGUGUAUCAAAUUAGAGUUUUGAGAAUUCUCUCUGAAUACACAUAAUAGCAAAGGUCUAAAAUUCGAUAUUUCAUAUCGAGUCACAAAAUGCAUAAAAGUUAACGAAGGCAAUAAUUGAUGGCAGUUAUGCCGUUACUGUCAUCUAGUCAUUUUUUUUUAAUUUCCUAUCCAAUUUGAUAUUUUGUGCCAUUUGAGAUAGAAGGAAACUAUACAUGGACACGAAGACCAAAACGAAAUAUUUUACCAUAAAUUCCCUAAAAUUAUAUAUACGGUAACUUACCAGAACCUGUACCGGGGUACCUGGAAACGGUACCCGGACUGUCCCAGCUUUUUUAGUUAUAGCCCGCAUGUCCGCUACAGAGGCGGGGGAAUCCCUAUUUCUAGUAUUCAUAUUUUGCAUUAUAUACGAUUUUUGCAUUGUUUUUGUCAGUAUAAAUGCGUGUUCAGGUAUUUGCACUUACAAGUUCACUUUUACAUAGUGUUCUUUUUUAUAUCUGCGUUGAAGUCGAA